CCUGUUUUCUUUUUUAAUCAAACUUUAUUUUAACCUUUAUUUUUUUCUUCUUUUUUUUUUUCGUCUUCGAGGAGUGUUCGGUAGAUCCGAUUUGGCUGUGGUUUAUUGUUCAAGGGUUCGAGGGGAAAAAACAAAGGAAGAGAUAUCUGGGAAUUCAUAAACGCCUGAGACGAGAAAGACAAUACGGGAAAAAAGAAACCGGAUCACGACGACAAUUUUCUAUUCUAUCCUAUAAACCGCAACCAUGGGAAAGCUUAUCAAGAACCACUGGGCUCGGCUCAUCAUGUUGACGGCCGCCACCUACCAAAUCGGCGCCGCCAUCGAGGGCUACUUCUGGCCCAAGAUCUUCUGGGACUUCCUCACACACUCCCUCGACGCCGCCGUCAGGCCCGCCCCCAUCCUGCAGACCAUCAACCUGGUCUUUGGCAUCGCCAUGCUCGCCCUGGAGUGGCCCCUCCCCCUCAUCGCGGGAACCAGCAUCCACCGAUCCAUCGAAUUCCGCCUCGCCAUGCUCCCCCUCACUGCCCUCGCCUGUCUGCUCAUGUAUCAGUCAACAAACCCCGGCAUCUACUAUCUGAUCGGAAUGGGUGCUUAUUUCUGGGCUUACAGUGAAGGCGAAAUUAUUUGUGCAAAACCCUGGACUCUACCUCCGCGAGCAGGCAGCUCAGGCGGCAAAGUCUGAGAGCAAAGACAAGAAAGGAGGUGGGGAAAAAGAACAGUGAACAAUUCGCAUGUUCUCAGAGAGAGAGAGAGAAAUACCAAGGGAAACAGCAUUUGGG